CAAAACUUAACAAAUGUCCGUGAAAGAUUUUGUAUCCAAUUUUAUGCACGAAACAUGUUCCUAAAACACUGCUCUGAAGCUUGUAAUAACAGACUUGAGACUACUCAACUUGCAUUUUCCCAUCCCAUAAUACUUCAUCUCUGCAUGCUUUCAGCAUCCUUACAACCAUGAUGAUUUUCACCUCUGCUCGAUACAUCAUCCUCUUAAUCUUGUUAUUAGCAACUUCAAGAUUUGUGUACUCAGGUUCGAACUUUACUGAUCAACAAGCUUUGCUUUUCAUCAAAGAUUCAAUAACAUCUGAUCCAUUGGGUGUGCUGAGCUCAUGGAACAAUUCCAUCCACUUUUGUCACUGGAAAGGCGUUACAUGCAGUCCCACGCGGCAGAGGGUAACAUCCUUAAACCUCUCUUCGCAACACUUAGCGGGUACAUUGUCUCCUCAUAUUGGAAACCUGUCAUUUCUAAGAAACAUUACACUCAGCCAAAAUGACUUCCGUGGCUCAAUUCCAAAUGAAAUUGGCCGACUGUUUCGCCUGCAGUCUCUUUCAUUGUUGUCAAAUUUUUUUCAAGGAGAAUUCCCAGCCAAUUUGAGUCAAUGUGUAAAUAUCAGAAGAAUCAAUAUAAAUGACAACAAUCUUGAAGGAGAGUUACCAACUAAAUUUGCUUCUUGGCCUAGGCUUUAUGAAUUUGAUCUCGGAAAUAACCAUUUUACAGGAUCAAUUCCACCUUCGAUAGGAAAUAUAUCAUCUAUUCAUGUGCUCAGUCUAGAACAGAACAGAUUAACUGGGAGCAUACCUUUGGAAGUUUCUCAUCAUACAAAAUUAAAGGUUCUUGUAUUGUCAGAGAACAAAUUGAAGGGUAUGUUUCCCACGCCACUUUACAACAUUUCAUCUCUUUAUACUAUUGAUGUCACCACUAAUGAGUUGAAAGGAACAUUCCCAAAAGAUCUGGCCUUCACCCUUCCCGGGCUGACAUGGUUCUACACCAGCGAUAACAGUUUUUCAGGUCCACUUCCACAGUCAAUAACUAAUGCAUCCAAUCUUGUCGACUUGGAUGUAGGAGAGAACAAUAUUGCUGGCCCUGUACCAAUGAAUUUUGGAAGCCUUCAUAGUCUUGUAUGGCUAAAUUUGGCUUCCAACUCACUCGGAUACAAUCAGCCACCCGAUGACUUGAGCUUCUUCGAGUCUCUGGUCAACUGCACCAAUCUAAAGGAAUUGGCCUUGGGGGGUAGUGGUUUAAAAGGGAAGCUCCCUGAAUCUGUUGUGAAUCUAUCCACCACUAUAGAGAUUCUAGAUAUGUCCGUAAACUACAUAUACGGAAGCAUACCCCGUGAAAUUGGAAAGCUGGUGAAUAUAAUGCAAAUAGUUUUGAAAGAGAAUUUAUUAACAGGGCCUAUUCCAGAUUCAGUCGGUGAAUUAUCACAGUUGGGAUUUCUAGACUUGGGUGAAAAUCAAAUUUCUGGAGUAAUUCCAACUUCGAUUGGCAACAGUACUCGAUUAGUGACUAUCAUCUUAGAAAGCAAUAUGCUCGAAGGAAUCAUACCUACUGAAUUGUUUAACAUCACAACUUUAAGUGAACUGUACCUUGCUAGCAAUGUCCUCAGAGGUGUGAUUCCUGAGCAAAUUGUUGGAGUUUCUGCGCAUUGUGUUUCCCUUUCUUUUAGUUUUAAUCGAUUCACAGGGGCAUUACCAUCCAGCAUUGGAAGCUUGAAACAACUGGCUCAUCUAUACGUUUCCAACAACAAACUAACCGGAGAUAUACCUGCUACUCUGGGGAAUUGUGUGAUGUUGGAGGAUCUAGAUUUGGCAGAAAACCAUUUUGAAGGUAAAAUUCCAUCUAUUUUUAGAGCGUUGAAAAAUCUUGCAUUUCUAGAUCUUUCGAGCAAUAACAUGUCAGGGAGUAUUCCAAGUUUUUUCACCGAGUUUCGUCUGAUUGAGUUCCUCAAUCUAUCACACAAUAAGCUUGGAGGAGAAGUGCCUAAAGAAGGUCUGUUUUCGAAUGUCAGUGCUUUUUCGGUCACUGGAAAUUUGUGGCUUUGUGGAGGUAUUCAUUCAUUACAAUUACCCAGCUGCCCUCCACCUCCAAUUAUCACAAGGAAUAAGAAAAAGACAUUUACUAAGAGAAUAGUACUCAUUCUAGUCCUGCUUCCCCUUGCUAUGUUGUUUGCAUGUCUUGCUUUCUGGUUUUAUCGACGACAAAAGUUCAAGCUGACAAAUAUCCCUGUCUCGGUACUGAGAGACGAUCAAUACCCCAGGGUCUCGUACCAAGAUCUUCUACUAGCUACAAAUGAGUUCUCUCCGGAUAAUUUGUUAGGCGAAGGAAGUUAUGGUUCGGUUUAUAAAGGAGUUCUCCAAACAACGGAUCAGGUUGUUGCUGUGAAGGUACUGAAAGUUGAAGUACGUGGAGCUAAGAAGAGUUUUUUAGCAGAAUGUGAAACAUUGAGAAAUAUUCGUCACAGAAAUCUCAUCAAAAUCAUCACAGCAUGUUCUAGCAUCGAUUAUAAGGGAAAUGACUUCAAGGCGUUGGUUUUUGAGUUCAAGACGAAUGAGAGUGUGGACAAGUGGUUACAUCCAAGUCCUUCUCAAGGGAGCGAAAGAAACUUGACACUACUCCAGAGAGUCAAUAUUUCCAUUGAUGUUGCAUUGGGAGUCGAUUACCUGCAUAAUCAUAGCCACACAAAAAUCAUUCAUCGCGACAUAAAGCCAAGCAAUAUCCUUCUGGAUGAGGAAUUUGUUGCUCAUGUCGGUGAUUUUGGUUUGGCAAGGUUCUCGUUAUCUAAUGCAAGUGACAUAAAUCAGACCCAAACAAGUUCAACUGGUGUGCAAGGAACAGUCGGAUAUGUUCCUCCAGAGUAUGGAAUGGGUGGAGAGAUAUCUACAGAGGGAGAUGUGUAUAGCUACGGAAUUUUUCUACUUGAAAUGUUCUCAGGAAAACGGCCUACAUGUAGCAGCAUAGUCACGGACAAUGUUAAUAAUCUUCAUGACUAUGUGAGGAAAGCACUCCCUGAAAGAGUGACAGACAUCGCUGACCCACGGAUCAUACUGGAUCAAGAGGAUCAUGGCUCGACUGCAAAUCAGUCACAGAAAAGGGCUACCCUGGAAGUAUGCCUGGCAUUAAUAUUUGAAGUCGGGAUAUUAUGCUCACUUGAAAUGCCAAGAGAACGCAUGAAUAUAACUGCUGCUGUUAAGCAGUUAUACACGGCAAGAGACAAACUUCUGGACAAGUAACCUGAAUAAGAAUGGAAAGCUCCGAUACGAUUUACUCUCUGAUAUUGAUAUGAUAAGGGAGAAUCUGUGACUCGUAUUUUCCAUCAUUUUAUCUCAAUAAUAUUGUGACUCAUAUUUUCCAUCAUUUUAUCUUAAUAAUAUUGUAACUCAUAUUUUCCAUCAUUUUUUCUCUACAAUAUUGUAACUCGUAUUUUCC